CUUGCCGCUCGACGAUCAGCCAAGAUGCCCGGCCUGCGUGAACUAGACGGGCACAACCUGUGGCUGAUCCUGACUGGCGCGCCUCCCUCCGGAAAUUCAGCCACGCUCUCAAUCUCAAAGCGCUUCUACUCAGUGGCAUUCUCACCGUGCAGCUGUUUACAUCGUCAGUCUCUCGCCGAGGAAAACCCCCGGCCCGCCGUGCACGACCCGCGGAUAGUCGUUGACGGCUACGGCAAUGCGCGUCGGAUGCGGGUAUAUCGUUGAUGCAACGAGGGACAAAUCGCGCACGGAGCGCCGCGACGCAACCCUCCGGGGGUGACCAUGAAAGUGUCAGCUUGCCGAGCUGUCGUGAUGAAACUUUAGCCCUGACAAUGCGGCAACUGCGAGCUUAACCAAUUAUCUGAGUGCGUAUUACCAACGAGGUAUUAAAAAUGUGUAGACAGCGUCGAGAAAGAGAAUGUCUGGACCGCGAGUGAAAGAGAACUGCGUCGAUGAAAAAUGCGCGAUUAGCAACCGUCCGUGAUCAGCCGCGAUCGUAAAAAAACAAAUGCCGGAUAUAUUGCUGAGUGAUGUGGAAUUGCUUACAAAGAUGUAAAUUGCAGUUAGACGUACAGCGAUUUUCGACAAAGGAAAACAUAUCGUCAUAUUUAAAGUUAAUCAACGACGGGAUAUUAAACAGAAGACUGAUUAAGUGAUUAUUCAUAAUUUGUAAAAAUACAUCUUAUGAGCUUCUUAACUUAAUUAUUCAGCCUCGCAUCAUACAAAGACACAUAUGUUCGAUUCAUUGAGAAAACUUUUGAAUAGGGACAUCAGAGUAUAUCUUUCUACUUUGAAUUAACGUGAGAUUAUGUAUGAAAAAAGCAUUGAAAUGCCAUUAAUUUUUUACUAACCGAUGUGCAUUCUACCUCGAAGAAGGCAAGUUUGAUCGCAGAGUAAGUAUGUGUCGAUCAUUUUUAUAUGAAAACCUUUUACUGCGAUCAAAUAAAGUUGAACGUUCAUGCCAUUAAACGCAACAUAUCGUAAUAUCGGGACCAAUGCGAAUUCUAUCGACGUAAAAUACUCGUGUAUGUGCGAGUGUAUACUCGCCGCGUAGAAUCUUAACCGAGUUACGACUACCAAGAAGGUAGCUCGAUAUAAUUUUCGACAUGGACAUUACAUCCAGUAUAGGAAAAGGGCGAUCGAUAUCAUCAUAAGAUGGUAGAUGGGGAUGUCUAAAGAUGGCAGGAGGUCUAUGGCUCCGACAUUUAUUUUUCAAGUGUACGAUAUAAAGUAGCGAUAAUUAGUAAGACGCCAAUCAACAGCAAACUCGAAGCAUGUCACUCGACAAACAAAACACUUCUAAAACAAAGGAAAAAGUUUCUUCCACGCGUAACUCCGACUUUGCCGAAUAAAAGAUCGGCCGGGGUAAAAGACGAAAUAGACAAGUGGAAAUAAAAUGCCGAAAGGAAGCCCAGGAAAGGAUAGCAGCGAGAAUAUUCAGUUGGAGCCUUUGUCCAGGACGUCUAGGCGACACGAAUCUACCGAUCAUACAGAAAUAGAUGCAAAGGUACCGCUAAGACCUCAUGCAAGAAAAACGUGCGAUUCAGGAGAUAGCAGUGCAGGAUUGCACAGACGUAACUUUUAUGAGCGCGCAAAUGAAGUCGUUAGGUGUUCUGAGAGAAAGACUUACUGCGUCCUUUGUAUCUGCUGUAUGGUACUCCUUGUUACAUCACUUAUCAUCGCCUUGGCGCCUCUGCGAACUGGCUGCAGUUGUCCUGAAGAUGAUUCAAGACUUAUGGAUGAUGAAAAGGACGCCGUGCCUCGGAUGGAGAAUGGAGAGGUUUGGAUGCAUGUUACACAAAUAUUUCCAUGGGAUAACAUGAGGUUACCUGCCUUCGCACAUCCUACUAGGUACAAUAUUACCAUGCAUCCAAAUCUUACCACCUUAGAAUUUAGAGGACGAGUCACAAUCGAAUUCUACGUCGAUGAAGAAACCAAAUUUAUUGUCUUCCAUAGUAAAAACUUGACAAUAAAAGAACAAAUAGUCAAAGAAGGCCAAGAAGAGCUGAAAAUUGCGAAGUUGCUCGAAUAUCCAAAACGCGAGCAGCUGUAUUUAGAACUGGAGGAUACAACGUUUCAAAAAAGAAAUAAUUACACGCUAUUUCUGAGUUUUAAUUCGACGUUGAAUUCUACUGAUCUUAAAGGAUUCUAUUUCAGCAGUUACACCACUCCUGAAGGAGAUUACAGAUAUUUGGCGACGACUCAUUUCGAACCAACAUACGCGCGCAUGGCCUUUCCAUGUUUCGAUGAGCCACGAUUUAAAGCCAAAUUUAAGAUAUCAAUAUACAGAGAUAGAUUUCACAUUGCGUUUUGCAAUAUGCCCGCAAUAAACACCGAGGAGGCAGGAUUUUAUUUGGGCACAAAUCUCCUACGUGACGACUUUCAAGAAUCCGUAGACAUGUCGACAUACUUGGUUGCUUUUGUGGUAUGCGAUUUUAAAAGGAUUUUUGAACUAACAAAGAGAAAUACAUCUGUAAGUGUGUAUGCCUCAUCGCAUAUGCUUCCGCGUAUGAAUUAUGCCAUGAUCACUGCUGCUCGUAUUAUGGAUUACUUUGAAUCUUUCUUCGGCAUAUCUUACCCUUUGCCAAAGCAAGAUAUAAUAGCGAUUCCUGAUUUCGAACCUGUCGCUAUGGAAAAUUGGGGCCUAAUUAUUAUUCGAGAAUCUUCUUUAACAUACGACCCACAAGAAACACCAACCAAUAUACAGGAAUACAUAGCUGUUAUUAUGGCUCACGAAUUGGCUCAUCAAUGGUUCGGCAAUCUCGUCACAAUGAAAUGGUGGAAUGAUCUGUGGCUGAAUGAGGGUGCUGCGACGUUCUUCGAAUACAAAGGCGUGAAUCAUAUUUUUCCCGAGUGGGGCAUGAUGGAUUUAUUUAUAUUACACAAAACGCAACGAGCGCUCGAGCUCGAUGCGUUAGCCAACAGCCAUCCAGUAAGCGUGCCCGUUGAAAACCCCGUCGAGAUAGAGAGCAUAUUCGAUACGGUCAGCUACUUCAAAGGCGCUUCCAUCCUUUACAUGCUGGAAGUAGUUUUAUGCGAAACGGUUUUUAAAAGCGGAUUAAACGAAUAUCUAAAUCAGUACGCGUUCGGAAAUACGGAGACUAAUGAUCUGUGGGAUGUUCUCACAAAACAUUCCAGAAAUACGUCCCUUAGUUCAGAGCUUGACGUUAAAACCAUAAUGAACACUUGGAUACAACAAAUGGGCUUCCCACUUGUUACCAUCAUCCGUGAGGAUAGUACCAUCACUGCGACCCAGAAAAGAUUUCUUGCUUCGCUGCGAGAAGACGGACUAAACAUUUCCCAGCCCAAGUCACCCUUUGAUUACAAGUGGUACAUCCCGUUGACCUGUUACACAGACAAGGAUGACCCAUUGGAACCUCCUAUGGAGGUGUGGAUGAAUAUGACAAAUGCGACUUUCGAUAUAUCGAGCGACGUUGAUUUCGUCAAAUGCAACAUCAACCAAACUGGCUUUUAUCGAGUAAACUAUCCGAAGGAGAUGUGGACAUCAAUCAUCAAAACUUUGAUGAAGAACCACACCAGGUUCAGUUCGGCGGAUCGGGCGAGUCUCAUCGAUGAUGCGUUUGCGCUUUGCGAUGCAGGCGAGCUGGAUUCGUCGGUCCCACUGGAACUUUCGCUUUAUCUUGUAAACGAAAGGGAUUAUGCGCCAUGGAAGACCGCGCUUCGAUAUUUGAACGUUUGGAAAGACAGACUGGCCGAAAGUGAAGGAUAUAAGAAGUAUAUCUCAUUCUUUAAACAAUUGUUGGUUCCGAUUACAAGAUACAUUGGCUGGACAGAUGAAGGAUCUCAUUUGAAAAAAUUAUUGAGAAUCUCAGUACUGAAGUCUGCUAUCGAAUUAGAAAUAGAUAAUGUGGUAAAGUCUGCAAGGGAUCUCUUUCAAGAUUGGAAAUCGAAAAACAAACGUAUCGCACCCAAUAUACGAGACAUCGUUUAUAUGGCAGGCAUCAAAUUCGGAGAUGAGACUGACUGGCAGCAUUGCUGGCAAGUUUAUCUUAAAACGCAAAUCCAGAGUGAAAAGCUAUUAAUGUUACAAGCCCUAGGUGCGACGAUGGAUCCCUGGUUGCUUAAACGUUACCUUCAAUUUUCGCUGGAUCGCAAUCUGUUUAAAGCGCAAGAGGUUAAUACUGUCUUAGCAUCGGUUGCUGCCAAUUCACACGGACAUUAUCUUGCUUGGCGUCACAUUAAAGCUUACUGGCCGGAAAUUGAGGCUUUAUAUGUAAACGAAUCGUACUCGAUAAGCAAUCUCUUACUUAACGUUGUUCCUGACUACUUCAUCACGGAAUACGAUUAUCACGAAGUCUUGGAAUUCUUCAAGCAGCGUGACAUUCGUAGCGGUAAUCGCACGCUGCAGCAAAGUUUAGAAAUGAUAAAGUUCAACAUUCAUUGGGUGAAAAUAAACGCGAAAAGCGUGUGUGAUUGGCUUAUCAAAUAUUUUGCGGAAAUGAAUCUUGCAAGUUAACCUUCGCUCGUUGAAAAUGAGCCAAACAAAGUGAGCCGAAAUUCAACCGUGCGUUCAGCUGUGAUCCUAUUACGGCUAAUUUUUCUACUAUUUCUAUUCGUAUGCCCUUAAGAAACGUGAUACGAGCCUACGGCAAGUGAGACCUUCAAUUGCGUAGGAAACGAAAAAAAUCUCAACCGUCAUUUAGACAUAAAUAUGCGGAUCAAAAGCCAACCAUUUCGGUCAGUUUUGUUAAGAGGUCGUUUUCAUCAGGCAAAUCGUCGAAUUUAAAAGUCGGUAAUUUUUAAACAAGGAUAAAUUGUUUUUCUUUUAAAGACAUUUAAAUAUAUUAUAUACCAAACUCAUUAUCGUAAUUUGCUUGCCGGAAAGAAUCUUUUAACGAGUCUAGCAAAAAAUCGAAUUGUUUGUACGUUAAUACAUUGUACACCAAUUUAUAUGCACUUUCGAAAGUAUUUAUUUAAAAUGCACGCAAGUGCGUGCCAAUCGGAUCACUCAAUAUAAAAACGAGAGCAAAGACAUCGUUAUUCCUAGAGUAAUUAACAUUCGACAGAUAAGGAUUAACGAUGUACGCUUAUUGGCACUAAAAGCUUCAGCUCUCUCGGAUUAACUACACUUAUAACCAAAAAAUGCUUCAAUAAUCAUUUCUACGAUGUCCAAGCUCCAUUCUUGAAUUAUUUAAUAUUACUAAACGGAAAGAAUCGGGCUUGCGAUAAAUUUGUCGGAAGAAACGCUAAUUAUACUAUUUACAUACAUUCCAUGUGUAAAACUGCGGUAUUGCAAAUAUUUAGAGGUAAUAUAAUUAUCAUGACUGAGCGAUCGUUCGGCACAUUCAAGUAGCAUAUCAACGUUCGGCAAAGAGAGGCAUGAUACGCUAAAUCGCUCAGGUCUGUGCCACAAGCACCGUCCAGAGAGACUAGACGACGUUAAAGAAAAGCCCGGUCGCGAAAGUCAGGUGGAUAUAUAUAUGUCAAAUUAAUAUAAAGAUACAAGGAAUCGAUGUGUAUCAUGUGUGUCGCGUAUUCAUGUUUGCUAGAGGUUGGCUGAAGGCGCAGGACACUCGUCUCGCGUGGAGUUGGAUUGUUCUCCACGCGAAGUAGUAUAAAUAGAGAAUUGGAUAUUUUAUUAUGAAAAAAUAAAUAAAUUUGUAUAAUCUAAACACAACGCUUUAUAUAUACACAUGUAUGGUGUGCAUUUAUUAGUGUAAGACAGUGUGCCGUGUUUGAUCGAAUAUUCUGUAAAGAAUCUAGAUGAUGCUGUUGAUGCUGAACUUAUCUAGAAUCUCUUGUUUUCGAUUGUGUUUAAUUCCAAAAAAAAUCUUGGUCAAUAGUAUUAAAACUUAAUUUAAAACUGGAUACGUAUAAAUUCCGCGAUGUGAUCGAUACCCAAAGCAAAUCCGUUAUCGUUCGCUCUGUUUAUUGUUUCUCGAUCGCACAAUUAACUUUAGACAAUAAACACCGGCAAAUAGUGAGAUUAUAUUUAAAAAAUAUUUAAUUUUUAUACGUUGAUUACUUUAACAGUGUAGAUUGAUUGAAUAUUUCAGGAUUAAGGUUUAAGUACUUAAGCACUUAUUGCAUAAAAUUGAUCGCACGGAUAUAAAAAUAUGAAGGUCUGCAUAGUGUCUAAUAGUUAUACAAGGGCAGCAAAACCGAUUGUCCAAAGUAAAUUUCCCCUUUGAUAAAAAAAAAAUCAAAUUAUCUACCAACAUUCAUAUGUGCUGCCACUCGCCCCUCUCAAUUUUAUUCCUUAAGUGUUUCUCGUUGUUACCGAAACUCGAUGGUUAAUCAGGGCUGAAAUUCGCGCGUGUCCUUGUAAUGAUACAAUUAAUAUUUAAGCACUUGUUUAAAUGAAACACGUUAUUAUUCAUCAUCACUCUCGAAUACGCAGGACACGAUAUUUUACUUGCCACAAAUCUCUACUGCCAUUUUAUGCUUGCCAUUAAUGAUGUCCACUGCAAAAUGGCAUUAUCUCGAUACUUAAUACUUGUCACAUGUUUACAUUGUUUCAUGAAAAAAAAAUAACGGUGCGCACAUAUAAAUACCUACACAUACACACAUAAUCCUUCGUACAUGGAGAAAAAUCUGUAAAUAAUUGCAGCAUAAAAUCAUUUUUCAUCGUUCCAUUAAGUAGAUUUUUGAUACACUCCAAACGGCGAAUUAAUGAAUCGACGCACAAUUAGAUAUCUUACGUGUAAAUAGCAUAUUUUUUCACUAACGGAUAUUCCCUCUUAUUAAAGAAUAAACGAUAGUUGUUUUGACAUUUUUACGAAAGCAUUUGCUCGCCGAUCUGUGCAAGAUGCGAACUAAUUGGCCUAUUUUAUCAAAUUCUUGCAAUACCCGAAAGUACUCGUGUGUAAUACUUUCGUUACUUGCUUGUUCAUGAAUUAUAGCUGCGAGUUUAGAUGUAAUAAUAAUAUCCAAAAAUUCAACGUUUUAUCUUCUACAAUAAUUAAAUCAGGAUUUAUUAUUUAGUCUUAUAUUGUUAGAUGAACAAUUUAUUAAGGUUGUCAAAAAAUUUUAUUUUUUGAAACAAAUUUUAUUAUAUUAAAAUCCACUGUACACUGGACAACACAAUAAAAAUGCUAUAUCGAAAGACUGGUUACCAGAGUAAUCAAGAAACGUAUACUUGUGUAUUUUAAGCAGCCAUAAUACGAUUAUAUCUUAAGGAACGAGGCUGUCUUACAUCUCAUAUUUAUGUGAAUGAACUAACAAUAUUAUUGUAUACCGUUCUCAACUGUAUUGUUGUCAUAGAUAUUUUGUUGUAUAAAAGAUAUGAAACAUGUACACAAGCAUAUAAAUAUAUUAUAUGUUUAAAGUA